AUGCAGUGGCUUCUACCCGUUAUCCUUUGCCUUUGGGGGUUUAGUCCCUCGCAGAUCGAAGCGCGUCAGGUCAGGAUUAAUCGCUAUGCGGUCAGUGUGCAGGAGGACCAGGCGGUUGAGGUUAAGGCAGCGCCCUAUCCAGCAGCGGGCUAUAGGCCGCAAGGUCGCUCCUUCUGGCUGCCAGGUGAAGUAGAAAUUGAGGUUCAGGAAGGAUCGGGUCUCGAUGCGAGUCUGCUAACCACCACAACCGAGCUGCCUCUGGAGGAUCUCUCGACCAGCACCACGGAGGCAACUGGAGACUGGAGCACCACCACCAACUGGGAUUCCCUGGACACUACCACUGUUUCUCCGGCAGUGGACUCCCGUUCUGGUCGCGCCUUCGAGAAGGCUCCCUAUCCAGCAGCUGGCUACCGACCAAGUCGCGCUUUUCGCCUGCCCACCGAGCAGAAUCCGGAGGAGCAGCAGCUGAUCUCCGCCAGCAACUCCACUGACAGCAAUGCCGACCAUCCCGUCUGUGGGGUCAGCACGGAUCCCCUGAAACCCACACCGGAACCAGGAUCCAAGGACGAGCCCGAUGCGGAGAGUGUGGUCAUUACUGGCAAUUUGGGCCCUGCUGUUAUCGUUGCCAGAGCUCCGUCCUCCAUUCCGGUGGCCAUUCCUCUGCGAUCGCAGCCUCUAAUUCAGGCUCCGAGAUCCCGGGGAUUCGUUUACACCACGCAUGUGGAGCAGCGGUGGUGAGAGUUGCGAUGGGAGCUAUAUU